AUGACCACGAUCGUCGAUGUUUCCGGGAAGCUGGGGGAAUAUAUGCUGAAGGGUUGGAUAUUGACAGACGAGAUUUGCACCCAGUGCCGCAAAGUUCCUCUCAUGCGUUCCCCUAAAGCUCCUAUCUCCCAUUUUUGUGCGAACUGUGACAACGUGUCUGCCACGCCGUCCGCGAGCUUCCAAGCUCCUUCCAACCAACCCGGCGCAACGCAAAUUCGCAUGCAGUCCUUGCCCAGCAGCACAUCCACCAGCCACCGCUCUCACUCGCGGUCGUCCACUCCUCCGACAGAAAUAUCCGACAGUCUUAGCUCUCCUACAUUUGCACUACCAGUGGAUACAGAAGAAAUCAUGAGACGUCGGCAGCAGUCUGAUAAUGCCUCUAGCGAGAUUGGGCGGCGUAUGUUGAAAGGUUGGGCUAUGCUGGCAGAGGAGUGUCCAAAUCUACAAUGCUAUGGUAUACCGCUUGUUCGCCCACCCAAGACCGGGGCCGAAAAGGAUCCACGCAAGGAAUGCGUCGUCUGUGGCACUGUCUACGUCGAAGAGAACGACGAGUUUGGGGGGAAGCGUUUAGUGCCACUGAUUGCCAACGCUACCAGCGAUAGUACAAAUCAACCGCUUGCUAAUUUUGCUCAAGCAGCACCCACUUCAUCCAUCACGAUUACAGCCCGAGAUAAAGGCAAAGCCAGGUUACUCGCCACUUCAGAAGCACCGCCACCGUUCAGCAUGGCCAAUGCGAAGUCCCCCUUAAAUAUUCCCCUUACUUCUUCAAGCCCCACCUAUGUUGCCCUCGAUUCUUCGGCAAAAUCAUUGGAACUUGCCUUACAUGCCCUUUCUGAGCGUAUGAUGCUCCUUGCAGGUGGUCCUAUCCUUGAUCCGUCGGUUAUCGCGCAGACAGCAGACGCCAUGAGUAAAGUUUCUCAAGCACUCACACAGGUGAAGCAACUGCAGUGGAGUGAAAGAGAGGCAGUAGGCGCUUGA